CUGGAACCAUUGGACGCGUCCGACAAUAUCUCGCGGCCGGAAUUGCAUCUCAUGAUAUAGCCGAUAAUCAUUUGCGCGCGACCGGUCAAGCUUUCCCACAGCAACAAUGUCAGACGAUCCCUUUCAAGAAGCUCAGGCAGACAUCCUCGCCUUGCUCCAACAAACGAGGCCACUGCUGCAAUCCUAUUUGCGCAUUCGAUCCACAGCAUCUUCUCCAUCUGCUCCAGAACUAGUCGAGGCUAGAGAUGAGCUCGAGGGCACGCUCACAGACCUUUCCACCGAUCUACAGGACUUGGUCGACUCCGUGAGAGCAGUAGAGGGCGAUCCAUACAAGUAUGGCCUCGAUGUGCCCGAAGUCCAGCGACGACGGAAGCUGGUAGAAGAUGUGGGACGCGAGGUAGAGGAUAUGCGCAAGCAGUUGAAUCAGACUGUCAGUGCUGCGGACAAUUUGGCGCAUCCAGACUCCUUUGGCAAUGCAGACGGGGACGACGACGAUGACUACGGAGCUUGGGAAGAGCAGCGACAGAUGGAGAUAAUGCAUGAGCAAGACGAGGCACUGGAUGGCGUCUUUCAGACUGUCGGCAAUCUUAGAAUGCAGGCUGAUACGAUGGGACGCGAACUGGAGGAGCAGGCCGAACUGCUUGAGGAUACUGAGAACAUCACAGACCGAGUGGCAGGCAAGCUGGGGACUGGCAUGAAGAAAAUACGAUAUGUCAUUGAGAAGAACGAGGAUCGCUGGUCUGGUUGCUGCAUAUCGAUGCUCAUCGUGGUCCUCAUCAUCCUACUUAUACUGGUCAUCGUUGUUUGAGAAAGCAGAACACGAACGAAGGACCACGACAUGGCCAUGCUUGCCCACAUAUCGCAUGUAACUUGCAACCUCAGGCAGGAGUGUGGCGCAUGCGACUGGCCCACCUCG